AUGGCGACCAGACGGACGACAGCCAAGGUCGAAGUGCCCAUCCCACCGUCCGCCAACGGCGGCCCGAAGGACACGAUGAAGACGGCCACGUCGCAAAUCAAUACUCCACCACCAGCAGGCUCGCCCUUCCUCCCGACCGCCCUCGAAGCACUGCUGCUGUCGAUAUAUCCCGGCACUCUGCUCCUAGGCUCCCUCGUCAGCAUCCUACAACCCGCCAGCCGCGCCGCGACCUACCUCCCCCACGCGCAGUCCUACGACCCACGCAACGCACCCAGCUACUUCGCCAAGAAGAGCAACGUCUUCAACGUCUACUUUGUCAAGGUCGGCUGGAUCUGGAUCACCCUCGCCUUCUUCCUCCACCUCUUCUCCCAUCCCUCGCUCGGCCCCCCGCUACGGGCGCAAUUCACCAAGCGGCGGAGUCAAGCCGCGCUGCGCUACCUCUGCAUCACAGCCACCUGGUUCGCCGUCACGCAGUGGUUCUUCGGCCCCGCGAUCAUCGACCGGAGUUUCCGGUGGACAGGCGGAAAGUGUGAGGCGGUCGUCGGCGGCGGCGAUGAUGAUGCGGGGGAUCUGGCGCGGAAAGUGGAAGCAGGCGAGAUCAAAGAGGUCUUCACGCACGCGGCCUGUAAGACGAUCGGUGGGCAGUGGAGGGGCGGGCACGACAUCAGCGGACACGUCUUCCUGCUCAUCCUGGGCAGCGCCAUGCUGUGGAUGGAGCUGCUCCCGGCGGUCCUGCGCAUGGAAGGUCUGACAGAAGCGAGGAGGAUUCUGACCUUUGACGGAUUGGUGCGACGACCUACUUUUGAGGCGGAAGAGAGCGCUUCGGAUCCAGAAGAGAAGAAAGAGAUGGGAGUGGGCGUGCAGGUGUCUCUCGCCGUUGCCGCCCUCUGUUGGUGGAUGCUCCUGAUGACUGCUGCCUUCUUUCACACUUGGUUUGAGAAGCUGACCGGGCUUUUGGUUGCUUUCACCGCCAUCUAUGCGGUCUACUUCUUGCCUAGAGCCUUGCCCGCAUGGAGACAGAUAGUAGGAAUGCCUGGUGUGUGA